AUGCCCGAAUCAAAACCUAGCUCUGCUCCGAGCUCUAAACCUUCCUCCAUCAAGUCUUCUGAUGGCGUAAAAAAGUCUCCCGGCCUCCGUCCUGAGGAUGCCGAAGGCCACUCACCCGCUGGCAGUGACUCUGGCAAGCCUUCGGAAAGGUCUUCUGUUAAGGGUCGCUUUACUCGCAUGUUCUCUUCCAAAGAACCAUCUCGGGCUGCUACACCCAAUAUCGCUGCCAGUGGUGCCGCCAAUGGCAACGGCGACAUCCUUGGCCGCCCUCGCGGCUCCUCCGUCAACAGCUCCUCGACACCCAAGCCUGCUAAGGACGCCGCUGCCGACAAGCCUGCCGAAAAGGACAAGCCAGCUCAAGCCCUUGUAAAACCGACCACUCCCAAAGAGGGAAGCACUCGCUUCGUGUCCAAUCCCGAUGUCCAAGGCGCCCACGAGCACUAUCUCAAGUCCAGUCGCCGUCAAGAGAAGCUUUCUGACAUGUGGCGUAGCCUCAUCGGAAAGAAGGCCGAGCCUACCCCUGAUCACGAUCUUUCUCUCGUCUCAAAUUGGGUCGACUCACUCCGCCAGGAAAAGGAAGACGCUGCCAACGGCACCAAACUUGGCCCCAACACCACGACCACUACCCUCGUCGAGAAAUACGGCAAGUGUCAGGAGAUUGUCGGCCGCGGCGCCUUUGGCAUUGUCCGCAUCUCCCACAAGAAGCUUGGCGCUGGUGAGAAGCUUUUUGCCGUUAAGGAGUUCCGUCGCCGACCCGAAGAGACCGAGAAAAAGUACAGUAAGCGUCUUACGGCCGAGUUCUGCAUCUCUUCCUCGCUUCGCCAUCCCAAUGUCAUUCACACCCUUGACCUGCUUAAAGAUGCCAAGGGCGACUACUGCGAAGUCAUGGAAUUCUGUGCCGGAGGUGAUCUUUAUACCCUCAUCCUGUCUAGUGGCAAGCUCGAGGUCCAAGAAGCCGACUGCUUCUUCAAGCAAAUGAUGCGAGGCGUUGAAUAUCUGCAUGAAAUGGGCGUGGCCCACCGUGAUCUCAAGCCGGAGAACCUGCUACUUACCACUCGCGGUGGCCUCAAGAUUACCGAUUUUGGCAACGGCGAGUGCUUCCGUAUGGCCUGGGAGACAGAUGCCCACAUGGUCUCGGGUCUCUGUGGCUCCGCGCCCUAUAUUGCACCCGAAGAAUAUACGGACAAGGAAUUCGAUGCCCGCGCCGUCGACGUAUGGGGCUGCGGAGUUAUCUACAUGGCCAUGCGUACUGGCCGUCAUCUCUGGCGCGUUGCCAAGAAAGACGACGACGAGUUUUACGCUCGCUAUCUCGAAGGACGUCGCGACGAAGAUGGCUACGGACCUAUUGAGUCCCUUCACAGGGCUCGCUGUCGCAAUGUCAUCUACUCUGUUCUAGACCCUCAUCCCACAAGACGCCUAACGGCCGCGCAGGUGCUCAAGUCCGAAUGGGUGCGCGAAGUAAAACUUUGCAAGGCCGGUGAGGAGGGUCUCUAA